AUGAGUUCUCCAGCAUUCAAGUGUCUCGUACGAUUUAUUCCUAAGUCCGAUCCAUCUAGUAUCUUGAUUGGCGAGCCGUCACAAGAGGACUUGGACAUCGGCUUAGCGACUCGUGAUGGCAAGGACGUUGCUGUCCAUGUGUUCUCCGGAAAGUCAGUCUUGUCGCCUGGCUCUCGCACAGAUAGAACCGAAUCUGUUGAGCGAAUACUGUCACCGUUGGCCCAACGAGAAUAUGUUCAACACGCGAAAGAAGUGAACAUGGACAUCCCGACAAUCCCGACCCUGUUUCUUAAGCCUAGCACAUCUUUAGGUGACCCUUGGCCUGCUGUCACAUUGCUACCCAAGAUAACCCAAAAUGAUGGAAGCGGUGACUAUGAGUCGGAGCUGGCGGUCGUUACUGGCAAAGCGGCUAAGAAUGUGUCCGAAGAGGAGGCUAUGGAAUACGUUUUGGGGUUCACCGCAGCCAAUGAUAUCUCAAGCCGCGUCUCACAAUUGAACCAGUCCCAAUGGUGCUUCUCUAAAGGUUUUGACGGGGCAUGUCCCAUUGGGCCCGUCCUAGUCUCCCCGUCAGUUAUCCCAGAUCCUUCCAAGCUGCAUAUUCGGGGCCUGAAGAAUGGCAAAGUGCUACAAGAUUGUUCUUUAGACAUUCCUAAGCUGAUUAGCUUUCUAUCUCAAGGCACGACCCUUCCGGCUGGCACCGUGAUUAUUACCGGUACACCAGCGGGAGUGGGUAUGGGCAGAAAGCCCAGGGAGACCCUUGAGCAUGGUGAUGAAUUCAGGGUGGAGAUCCUGCCGCACAUUGGUACACUCGUCAGCACAUUCCAAAAUGAAUAG